UUAGAUUUAUAAUUUUGUUUUUCACAGUGUACCCGCGCAUCGUUUGAUACUCGCAGCAGCGAGUCCAUAUUUUAAGAACCUCUUCAACGGUGAUCGUGGCAAUACUCCUGUCAUUGAAAUAAAUGAUAUCGAAAGCGAUAUUUUUGAGCGAUUAAUAACAUUUUGCUACACCGGACAGACGCUGCUUAACGUUGACAAUGUCGCUGCGCUGCUAAAGGCGGCAAUCGUGUUGCAAUUGGAAGAUGCCGCAACCGCUUGUGUCGAAUUCCUUAUGGCGCACAUAGAUGAAUGCACCUUACAGUGUGUGUAUGCGGUAGAACGCGAGACGAAAUAUGAACUUCUGAAGCAGAAAAUCCACCAAUACGAAAUAGAGAAUUUCAAUGAGAUCAGCCAACGCGAAGAGUUUCUCAAUUUUGAUGUUGAGAAAUUGCAAUAUCUUCUAGAAUUGGACAAUUUGAAGAUAACUUGUGAGGAAGAUGCUUAUAAUGCCAUAACACGUUGGUGUAAUCACAAUGUCUCAGCGCGUCGAGAACACCUACCUCGGUUAAUCGCUUGCCUAAGGCUUACGCAAUUCGAUGUGGACUUCCUCUUGUCGCACAUUCAGUCAUUACCAGGCUGUGAGCUGUUGGCCCUCCAGUCGUCCAUGUGGAUAAGGGAUCAUGCAGCACGGGCUAAGAUAAAUAUCCGAUUUACAGAAGCACGUGUAGCAUGUAUUGGUGCUGGAAAUUGUAGUGAGACAACAAUGCUGGCGGUUUACUAUAACGAUAAUUUGGGGAGCCUAUGCAUAAUGCAAUAUAACAAAGCUGAAGACAAAUGGGAAGAAUAUGCGAGUAUAGAGUAUAGAACAAAAUAUAGCUUCAGAACGAUUUUAAAGGAGGAUAAUAUAUUAUUUAUUGGAGGUUGUGGAGAAAAUUAUGAUUCAUUCAACACCGUUAUCAGCUGGAGUAUACGAAAUAAAACAUGGCGAGAAUUGCCAGCAAUGAAUCAAGCGAGAGACUCGCACUGUGUUGUCGAAUUCGAUGGAAAAAUAUAUGCGAUUGGUGGCCAAAAUGAUGGUAAUACUCUGCAGUCAGUUGAAAGGUAUACGACAUCCAAUGGUUGGGAGUUUGUGAAGCCUUUGAUUACAGCACGAUACGGGGUAUGUGCAGUGACUUUAAAUGGCAAAAUUUACGUAUAUAAACUAUAUUACUUUUUGAAUAAUAAGUUCUUUUCUGAAAAGGAAAGUUUCACCUUUAGAGGAAUUUGCAAACAUAAGCUAAAAAGACAAAAAAAGAUUUACUUAACUUUUGCGAAGUCAUAUUCGAGAAGACAAGCUCAACUUUACAUGGAUACGGUACCAAAUGGUUCACGUUGUAUAAUUUAGUCACGAGUGAAGAAUCUUUACAUUAGGGAAACAUAGAGUAUUGAUGUGGUUAAAGAAUGGGCAUAUUACCUUAAUAUUUAAAAAAUUGCUUUGUGUACUCCUGUUACUAGAUAUGUACACAACGAUUCAACUUAUGUGUUGUACUUUUAUUAUUUAUAGACUAAGUAACUGAAAUAUUGUCGAAUUCAUAUCCAGUCAAAAUUUUUCACCAAACAAAUUUCUCAAAAUUAUUUAGUAAUUACAUACCAUCGCUGUAAUCACAAAAUACACUUGAUUUCACCGGAGUAACUCUUCGCCAAAAGUUUUCUGAAACUGCUUCGAUUCAAUAGAAAAUAUCUACAAAUUUACUCAAAAUUAAAAUAUAUUAUGGAAAAAGACACAAUCUUAUUAAGUUGUGCUCUUACCGCUCAUAAAGUUAGAUAAAAUAUUAAUUUCUAUUUUUUAUAUUACAGGCAGCAGCACAUAAUGGUUUCAUAUAUGUUGCAGGCGAUAGCGAGGGUAACCCAGCUGUUGAACGUUAUGAUCCUCAGCGAAACACAUGGUCUAAGAUUUGUUCGUUGGAAGGUGAAUGGCUCGGUCGCGCUAUCGCAUCUCUUGACAAUAAACUAUGGACUAUUGGUGGCAGGGUGAGGCGUGACAAUAAGACAAGCGUAGCAGUUUAUAAUGAGGACGGUAAUUGUUGGAUACAGAAGAGCUCGUGUCCAAGUGGUUACAUAUGUUCUUGUUUUGUUGUGCCUUUGCCAUCACUGUCAUCGAAAUAAAUAAACAAUAAAUAUAUAUGA